CGGAGGGCCACCCUGUCGAAGAGACACAAGGUAGACGACAGAACACACACGGCCAUGGAAAAGUCAAUGAACAUGUUUUCCGAGGCAUGCCUAACCAGUGAUGUGGCGCUUGUAGUCGAGGGUAAAAAGCUGCACGUGAACAAAACAGUACUUUCGAUUGCAUCUCCAGUCUUUGAAAAAAUGUUCUUUGGGGAAUUCAAAGAGAAAACCUUAUUAGAAGUUCCGCUACCCGAGAAGACAUACGACGACAUGGUAGAGCUGCUUCUGUGCAUUUACCCAUCGACCACCAAUCCGAUCACAGCAGACAACAUUGACGCACUACUUCCAUUAGCGGAGGAAUACCUUAUGACGUCACUAAAACAACGCUGUCGCACGUUUGUCACAACCUACCUGAAACUAAACGUGAAAACUCUAUCUAAGUCUCAGCUGGUACAUUUCAUGCAUCUAGCAGACAAAUAUGACUUUAAUGAUGUUCUUGAGGAUUGUCUGACCCAGGCUGUGUACAUUGAAUACAGUGAUGUCAAUGGGCUACAACACCAGGAGGGGUUCCAAGAUCUCUGCGACAAGACAGCUGUCCAGUUCUUUAAGCGACGAUUGGUGUUGGUGGAGGGACUUGUCAGACCGGUUUUGGAGAGCUCCACCACUGCUUCCGGGAACCUCCAAGAAGACUUCCAGACUAUCAUCAGCGGCAAGUGUAACGAGUUCUCCCACCGCCAUGCAAGGCACGAAUGUCGAGAAUGUAAGGCUGUGUGUUGCGGGCGAUGUCGGAAGCUCGGCACUGAAGCGAUGGAAGAUUUAGCUCACGUUAUCAAGAAUAUGCUGCCUGCUUUCAAAGAGUCUGAAUAG